UCUGCGGGAGCGCGAGCUCGGCGCCUGCGCAGCCGCGCGCCUCCCAGCAGCCUCCAGUGCAAGAUGGCGCCGCAGGUUUCUCCGCGCCGGGCUGCGUGAGGGGACGCGAGCGACCGGCCGCCGCCGAGCUCCAGCUUCGCGUGGUUCCGCGCCGACGCCGAGCGCGAGCCCAGCGGGGGCCAUGGCCGCGGUGGCGGCCAAGCGGGAAGGGCCGCCGUUCAUCAGCGAGCCGGCCGUGCGCGGCAACGCCGCCGUCCUGGAUUACUGCCGGACCUCCGUGUCGGCGCUGUCGGGGGCCACGGCCGGCAUCCUGGGCCUCACGGGCCUGUACGGCUUCAUCUUCUACCUGCUCGCCUCCAUCCUGCUCUCCCUGCUCCUCGUGCUCAAGGCGGGCAGGAGGUGGAACAAGUAUUUCAAGUCUCGGAGGCCGCUCUUCACCGGGGGACUCGUCGGCGGCCUCUUCACCUACGUCCUCUUCUGGACCUUCCUCUACGGCAUGGUGCACGUCUACUGACCGGCUGCGCCCGCCCAGGGAGCCCCCGUGCCCUCGGAGUCUUCAGGCCCCGCCUCGCCGCUCCACCCGGCACCUCGUCAGUUCUGCCAGAGGACGACGAUUCUGUGAUCGGCUUCGGAUUAACCGAAGCGUCGGGCGCUGUGGGAGGGUCUUCCUACUUAAUGCAUUGACCGCCCCUUCUGCCCCCCCGCCCCCCAUCCGUUGGCAGGAGGGCAGUAUCGCCACGUCUUUGACCCCUGGGGUGCUGGGACUGGGUCUCCGAGGGAUUUUUCCCUGGGAUUUACGUAGAGGUCAGCCAGGAAGGGCUUCCUAAGCCGACAUGGCCUGGUGUGGCGCUUCUGGCUCCCGUCUGGUAGGCAGUGCGCCUUGUCCUUCUCACCCUUUUGUCCUUCCAUUCCAGGAGUUGGGAUUCUUGGUUGGGAGUGUCCUUUUGUAGCCUUGCCUUUCCUCCCACUAACCAUGACUUUCAGGUCCGAAAGGUGCGACUUCAAGUCUUUUUCCACUAUUUACUGCUGUCUUCCAUUAAAAAAAAAAAUCCUAUUGAAGAUGAACCCCACAGGAUGUUAAAUUGGGGGGUAUGUAUACAAAAACAUCCUUCAAAAAGCUAUGUAUCCACCCGUAAUUCAUGACAGCGCUUAUUGCAAUAACCAGGAUACGUGGCCAGUGACAGAUGGACAGAUCAAGAAGUUGUGGUAUGUUUACAGGUAUCAUACAUGCACUGUGAAAUGCCAUGCAACGGUAAGAAAAAAAAUAGAUCUUCUAGUUCCCAGCAAUUUGGAGGGAGCUGGAAGGUAUCGUGUCGAAUAAAAUAAGAGGGAGAAGAGCAAAUGCCAAAUGAUCUCACUCAUCUGUGGUAUAGAAAGAAAAUGAGAGUAGAGAGUAUCAAAUGAUAACACACCCUUGACCCUGGAUUACGGGACUGAGAUCGCCAAGCAAGGCCCCCUGUGGAAUGGGUAGGAAUGGAAUGAAGAAGUGGACUUGAAGUAGCGUAGGUACAUUGGUGGAGGGUCAUUUGCACUUUGGUGGGCAUGAGGUGUGAAAACUAUAUCAAAAUCAUAAUUGUUAAUACUGUUAUAAAAAUAUAAUCUAAACUAUACAUUUUUUUAUUUCAAUCUUUGAAAAUAUCACACCAAGAAAAAAAAUUGGGCUUGUAUAGAGAGCAAAUGCCUCUGUUGAUUGGCUAAUCUUAGAUCCUUUCUCGUGAGGGAUUACUUAAGAAAUAAAAAUGCUUUAGAAUUGCUGUGA